AUUCAGUUUUCAUCAAAUUCUGUUUACAUCAAAAUACACGUGUAUAAUUUGUAUUACAUAAAAAGAUAUCAUAUAAUAUUCCAUUAAACGCUCAUUCAUUAUUUUUAAGAAUUUAUUAUCAAUUGUCGUUAUAAUUUUAUUGUAUUUACAAGAAUGUUUGCGGCUGUUUCAAAACCUUUUUACAUAUAUUCAGCCGGUUUAACUGUUAUUGAGAUUAUUUCAGUGGUGAUUUAUAUGACAAUGAACAAAAGUUGACUGACAAAGUGGUUAUUGUAACAGGAGCAAAUACUGGAAUUGGUAAAGAGGUAGUUCGUGACUUAGCUAAACGAGAAGCUAAAGUUAUAAUGGCUUGCAGAGAUAUGGAAAAGUGUGAAAGUACACGUCUGAAUAUAGUAAUGGAAAGCAAAAAUAAAUAUGUUUAUUGUAGACCAUGUGAUUUAGCAUCUCAAAAAAGUAUUAAGGAUUUUGUAGAGCAAUUUAAGAAAGAGCAUAAAAAUCUCCAUAUUCUCAUAAAUAAUGCAGGAGUGAUGAGAUGUCCCAAGAACUAUACGCAAGAAGGAAUUGAAAUGCAAUUUGGUGUAAAUCAUAUAGGACACUUUUUGCUAACAAAUUUGUUGUUAGAUGUUUUAAAAGUUUCUACACCAUCAAGGAUUGUAAAUGUUUCAAGUAUUGCACACAAACGUGGUAAAAUUAAAUUAGACGAUUUGAAUAGUGACAAAAAUUAUGAGCCUGGUGAAGCAUAUGCACAGAGCAAAUUAGCUAAUAUUUUAUUUACAAAAGAAUUGGCAAAUAAAUUAAAAGGAACUGGCGUUACAGUAAAUGCUGUUCAUCCUGGUAUUGUACGAACAGAAAUAAUGCGACAUAUGGCAAUUUAUCAACAUCGUUUAGGUAAAUGGCUUGUAGAUUCAUUGACUUGGAUAUUUAUUAAGACACCCAGAAAAGGAGCACAACCUGUUUUAUUUGCUGCAUUAGAUCCAUCUUUGGAUAAUGUGACUGGCGAAUAUUUUGUUGAUAACAAAAUAGCAGAAGUUUCAGAUGAAGCAAAGAAUGAUAAAAUUGCAAAAUGGCUAUGGGCAGUUAGUGAGAAAUGGACUAAAUUGAAUUAUGUAUAAACUGAUGUAAAUAUAAGUAAUUUAAAUAAAACUGA